AUGCCGGUUGGACCAUUUGACGGGCGGAAGAAACGAUCGCGGUGCCUUGCAUGUGCCGCAAGCCACCUCAAGUGUUCUGGAAGCUUUCCCUGCAGUAACUGUCAGAGACGGCGGAUUGACUGCGUGUUCCAUGGCAAGGCGCCCAAUCAGAUCCGGUUUGUUACAGCUUCUGGUGAAAAGAUCGCUGCUCCCGUAACCCAGGGUAGUCCCUGUCAAGGCCAGAUUCUUAAGCCUCCAAAACUUGCUAUCAGUCUCUCGGUCGACCAGGUCUAUUAUCUUUCGCAAUAUUUCGACACGUUCCUCCAGCGAAACAAUUUCAAUCCCAGGACUGAUGCAUUUACCGAUGUGGUGGGUCUGAUGAAAGACCAAGGUCAAGAGACAUUCCUCCACGACGCUGUCCUUUCUCUUGGUGCGAUGCAGGCCGUAAAAUUGCACUCGUUUGAAGGUGUUACUCCAAGUGAGAGUUACAGGCUAGCUUUAUACCACUAUUCAAGGUCUGUGUUGAGUUUACGACAUGCUCUUGAUAAGUUUGAUCAGUUGCCCGGCGUGCGUCAUCAAAUUCUAUGGACAACUCAUUUCUUGGGUCUGUUUGAGCUCAUGAACGACUCAACAGGUCAAGGUUGGAUACAACACAUGGUCCAUGGUACUUCAAAGGCACUUGUUGCAGCCGGGCCUACAGCAUGUUACUCAGGUCUUGACCAGCGGUUCUUCACUGAGAUCAGGAUAUUCGAAGUCUGCCGCGCCAUAAUAUUCAAUGAACCAACAUUUCUCGCGCAGGAAGAGUGGAGGAAAUUAGUGCAGAGAAUGAAAGAAUCAAAAGGCAAGGAUGGGGCACACUCUCUUGAUGACCUGCUGGAUAUCAUUGUGCUCUGCUCAACCCUCCGAGUUCGGACAGAGACUUUUAUCUACUCAGACGAAGAAGACUCCGAACAGUCCGAAAAGCGUCUUGAUGAAGCUUUUAAUAUCGCACAAGAAGGCUUCCUUCUCAAACAAGCCCUAGUCGACUGGGAAACAAGCGCAAUAUCAUCUCACUCUCCAGCCAAGGACGAUGAGAAUACAAUAUACGGCAGCUUUACUUCUCUGGCUAGGAGCUUUUUCUCAGCAACAAGCAUCUACCUCUCCGGGGUGUUCGACUACGAAAUAACGCAUUGGCAGAAAAUGGGUGUAAUAGUCCCCAACCUAAGCGAAAAAGAGAUUCAGAUGCAUGUUGCUACUAUAUUGAUGCAAGCAGAUAGAGUUCUCCAUGGCUCGCCUGUUUCACCUGUUCUGGUGCUUUUCCCGUUACGAGUUGCUGGUGGGCGCUCUUGGGAAGGCUGGCAGCAAGACUUGGUCAUGCAGCAUCUCACUACGGUAGAACAAAUGUUUCCCGUUGCAGCUGCUUUCAAGGAUGAUUUGAAGGAUGUAUGGUCUAGGCGAGGUUAG